AUGAUGAACUUAACGAGAAAUGUACUUCGUCAAGUCCUUUACAAGACAGUUAUAUGAAAGAUCCUAAUUAUUUUGACAGUCUUGUAGAUAACGUAGAUCUAUCUUACAUUGGAAGUGAGGAAGAGCCUAUAUCAGCAUGCAUAAAACCUACAGUUUCAGUUACUAACAGUUGGGAUUCCUUUAAAAUAGAUGAUGUUGAUAUUGUAAAAUUUUUUGAGUCUUUACGUGAUUCCUUACCGAAAAAAGAUUCCGAAGUUCAUCCACAGUAUUGGGGAGUUCUUGAUUUGACUGGACAACACAAGCCAACGAGGAAUAAAUUUAUUUCAAUAUGGGGUGAACUCGUAAAUAAUUUCCUACUAAAUGUAGCAUGGAAAAUGGUGGGACUUGACCAGUCCGAAAGUGACUUUUUUGAUAAUAUCGAGGAUAUAAAGGCACAACAAAGGGUACCAAUACUGCAUGCGCAUUUGAAAUCAUAUCUUGAACAUCUUAAAUUACCGAUAAACGAAGGGGAGCUUAUGAUUCAUAUUGUGGCUCCUGCUUUUAGAAUGAGCAUGGACAGAAAUCAAGAGAAGUUUCGAAAACUUUGGUGUGAACAACAAUUAGUAGCAAGUCAGGAAAGGCGUAGAGUUAACCAAGAUCCAAAUAAUGAUCGUGCUCGUAUCGGACAAAAAACAGAUUUAAUUGUUACAUUGCCAACUGGUCCAGCCUUAGAGGGCUUUAUUUGUGAAGUUUCAGGAGGACUUCCAGCAGGAUGUCCCAAAAAAAUUUGGACAGACAAAUUAAAAAUCAUGGUCGGGAUGCGUGACAUGAUAAAUAGAAUAAUAAAAACGUUUCCUGGUCUAUUACCAGAGGAUUAUAUGAAAAUUAUGGUUUUUGGUUGUCAAGUAAUAGGAUUACAGAUAAACCUUUACGCAAUGGAUGUUCGAGCAUAUGGGGUCUAUCGUUUUGGAUUAAUUGAUAAAGCAUUUUUACCGGCUUCAACACAAGAGUUAUCAUCAUAUGAGUCAGUACAUACGAUGAUGCGUUCCUUAGAGUGCCGAUUAAGUAAUCUUACGGAUUAUUGCUCGGAGAUUAAAGUUAAACAUGCAAAACUGAGGCGAAAACGUGAUUACUCUUAUCAAGAAGACAAUUUUGCCUUUACAAAUGAUACUCCGCGCACAUCCUUUCAUAAAAAAAAUGAGAUCAGAAACUGA